UCUUUUGCUUCCACGCUUCUAAUUGUGUGUUGCAAAAUUGGACCCGAUUCGACACAAGAUUGAUGCUGAUUAAUUAGUAUCGAGCUUUUUUUGAAUAAAAAAAAAAGUUAGAAUUAUAUAGGUGCAUCUACCGUCUGUCCGUUCCAAUCCGACGGCUGUGGAACACGCCGUACAAUUUAGACUCAAUCUGACGGUGGAACAAAACAGAAAAGAUCGCACAAUCCCUCAAAUCUAAUAGUUGUGUUGUGUUGUGUGUGUGAAGCCGAAACGAACAGAGAAAUGGCAGCCGCAGCUAUCUCCGCCGGACCAAACCGCCUUAUUAGCUCAGCAUCCGAUGUUCCUCUCCAUCUCCUCACCACCAAGCUCAAUCCCCUCUUCUUUCCUUCCGGGAAGACUCAGCAUCUGUGGCGCUCCUCAUCGAUUCUCCUGCCUACGCGGCGGCGAUGCGCGGCGCCGCCGCCUAGAGCCAGUUCUCGAGCUGACGAUUCUCCGCCGUUCGACAUGUCCGUGGAGACGGCUCUGAAGGUACUCGGUGUCUCUGAAGGAGCUUCCUUCGACGAAAUACUCCGUGCCAAGAAGGCGAUUAUUGCUUCCCGUAAGGACGACCCCAACGCCAUCUCCCAGGCGGAGGCUGCAUAUGACAUGCUGCUGAUGCAGAGCCUCAACCAACGCCGAGCAGGCAAAGUUGUGAGCAACAACAUUCGCUACGCCGAUGUUAAAUCCACCAACUCUCUUGGCACAGGGAGGGUGUCUCAGUGGAUGAAGAAUCCACCUGUAUCUGUUGAUAUGCCAUCCACUAGCAAUUUGGGAAUUCAAGCCGGAGUUUAUGGAGCAAUGAUGGUCUUGACUUACGUUAACGGCAGUUCCAUAGACUCUUACGCUGGUGCUGAUGUGCCAGGACUUAUAUUAGCCACCAGCUUUGGAGCUUCCCUCUACUUCAUGACCAAAAGAAACGUCAAGCUAGGGAAAGCAGCUGCAUUGACGGCAGGAGGACUAGUGGUAGGUGCAGUGGUGGGAUCGACCGUUGAGAACUUGCUCCAUGUUGAUGUGAUCCCCUUUUUGGGUAUCCACUCCCCAGCCGCUGUCGUGAGUGAAUUUAUAGUCUUCUCUCAGUUCCUGGUCUCUCUAUGCUUAAGGUAGAACUACUUUAGACAUUGGCUUUAGCUCAAACCCUGUGACAAUUGGUAUAUGCCCUCUCCCUUUAUAUGUAUUUUGUACAGAAACACCCAAAGCAAACAACAGCUCAUCGUUUCCUUGGAAAUUUGAAGUCUCUUUUGUGUAAUACCAAAUCAAAGAGCAGAGUUGUUAAAAUUAACAAACAGAGACAAAGAAAGUAACUACUCUGGUGAUCA